CAGGAUUCGACAUCCGUCGUAGCGUACUACGUCAUGAUGACCCUUCAUACGCGCUACAUAGAGUAACCUAGCUAUUUGAGGUAAAAACGAGCUUUGUGCACACUGACACUUCCUCGUUUUAAGCAAACUAUGAGCUUAUUGAAUGCAUUAUCUAUGUCGAGUCUUACUAUUAUUCGCACACUGAACGGAAAUCCAGUUUUGGCACCGCCCUCAUGUGAAAGUGAAACCAAAACUUAUCCUCCGACAAAAUGCAACGAGAACAACUAAUGUUUUAAGAUGAUCUCAAAGGCGUACCCCAUACCCAGAGCUGCAGCAGAACAUUUCUGUGUGUUGUGCUGUGAUCUUGUCAUCUGGGCUUCUGUGUGGAUAGCACUGCUGUGGCUGGAUGGAGAGGGCAGUCUGGAUCUAUGGUGCCUGUGGGCUCUCAGGAUCAUCAGCUGUAUUGUGCUUUAUUCAGUAAUCACACUUGUCUCUGACAGCAGCAUUCAACCCCUCCUGAAGCGAUGGGUAGCCCUACUGUGCUUCUUACCUCCAGUGUUUGACAGCAUUCAGACAUUGCUGCCAGGGACCGUGAGAGGCUUUAGUCCUGUUCCUGAUCCUGGCAUGGUGAUCCUGAGCACUGCUACAUCUACUCUCAUAUAUAUGGUGUGGGAGUUGGCCUUCCCACACGGUGGAUCAUCUAAGGGUUCCAGAAACCAGAAAAAAGAUGAAGAGGCUAGAGCACUCCUAAUGAGGGUCAUCCGCUACUCCAGGCCAGACUAUCUUCAUCUAGGGGCUGCCUUCCUCUUCCUCAGCCUGGCGGCGCUUUUUGAGACAUUCAUCCCAUACUGCAUUGGGAAAGUUAUUGACUUACUGAGUGGAAAGUACCAACAGAACACUUUCUUAUGGGCCAUUGGACUCAUGGCGCUGUGUUCACUUGGAAGUUCUGUGUUCACUGGUCUGCGCGGUGGGAUGUUCAUGUGUAGCCUCAGCAGACUCAACAAGAGAAUACGACACAUGUUGUUCCAGAACCUCAUGAAGCAGGAGAUAAGCUUCUUUGAAGAAAAUAAACCAGGUAGUCUCACAUCACGUUUGAUCUCUGACACUGAUAAAAUGGGACGUUCUGUGGCCAUGAAUGUGAACGUGUUACUGCGAAGCCUGGUGAAGACAUGCGGCAUGCUGUUCUUCAUGCUGCGCCUGUCCUGGCAGUUAACCCUCCUCACCUGCAUUGAAAUGCCGCUUCUUGCUUUUAUUCAGAAUUCAUACAACAACAUCUCCCAGAAAACAUCAAAAGAGCUUCAGGACUGUAAUGCGGAGACUACAGAGUUGGCAUCUUCAGUCAUUGGGUCGAUUAAGACUGUGCGCAGUUUUAAGGCAGAGCGACAGGAACAGCAGCGAUAUGAACAGACUCUCAACAGGAAGCUCCAGGUUUUGAGGCGUAAAGGCAUCUACAGUGCAAUUCAUCUCUUAAUACGCAGGUUCAUUACAGUGGGCUUGAAAGUAGCAAUGCUGUUCCAAGGCCGAAAUCUCAUCUCGUCUGGCCAGCUUAGCAGUGGCAGCCUUCUUGCAUUUGUGUUCUACCAGAAGGACAUGGUGACCAACAUGAGGCAUCUUGUAUAUAUCUAUGGAGACAUGCUGAAUACUGUGGGAUCAGCAGUGAAGGUGUUCCAGCUGCUUGAUAGGAAUCCCCUGUUGAGAGAGGCAGGUGAUCUGGCUCCAGAGAAGAUUAAGGGAAGACUAACCUUUAAAAAGGUCACUUUUUCCUACCACACCCGUCCUGAUCAAAAAGCACUUAAGUCUGUUACAUUGGAAUUAAGUCCAGGAAAGCUGACGGCACUGGUAGGGCCCUCUGGUGGUGGGAAGAGCUCUUGCGUCUGCUUGCUGCAGAGGUUCUAUGAGCCACAGGAGGGUGAGAUUUUCCUAGAUGGAGAACCUCUGUACAGUUACCAACACCAGUAUUUGCACAAAAAGGUGGCGAUGGUAUCCCAGGAUCCUGUGCUUUUCUCUGGCUCUGUGAGAUAUAAUAUUGAAUACGGUUUGCAGGACUGCACACUUGAAAAAGUAGAAGCAGCUGCUCGUAAAGCCAACGCACACAACUUCAUAUGCAAAUUGGAACAGGGAUACAACACAGAUGUUGGCGAGUGUGGUGACCAGCUGUCCGCAGGGCAGAAGCAGUGCAUUGCUAUAGCCAGAGCUCUGAUAAGGAACCCACAGAUUCUUAUCUUGGAUGAAGCCACCAGCCACAUGGACUGUAGCACACAACAAGCAGUUCAAGAUGUGCUCAAUACCAUAACGGAUCAGACAGUGCUGGUAAUAGCUCAUCGUUUGGAGACUGUAGAGAAAGCAGACCACAUUAUCUUCAUGGAGGGAGGUGAAGUCGUGGAGCAGGGAACACACCGGCAGCUCAUGGCCAAAGAAGGAAGAUACUAUCGGCUCAGAGAAAAGCUUUUCAACCUGGAGACACAACCAGCUGACUAAAGAAUAAGAUUUGUGGAUAGAUUUGACAUUUUACAGAGUCUUUAGUACACACUCACAGACUGCCUUUCAUGUAAAUUUAACAACGAAUUCUAGCAUAGACCUGUGUGGAGAUUUUUUUUUUUUUGUACAUUUUCCAUACUUCUGUUUACAUAGACAGUGUUUUGUUAAUUACAGGAUAAGUGGCGAUGUAUGGGACACACAAAAAGGAAAGCAUGGGCUUUGUAUCCUAAAGAUAUAACAGUAUGAAAUAACAAAACACUGUAUUACAAAAUAUAUGUAAUACAGAAUUUUGUGUGUGUGUGUAGUUAAAUCAGAGAAUGACCAGUGGGUUUGCCCUCAGCUGCAGAAAAAUGCGGAACAAGAUCUCAGAACUCUUAUUCGUCUUCACUGUGCCACCAAGAGCUGCUUGAUUUUGAGAGUCCUGGAGAUCUUUAUAAAGAGACUGACAAAAGAAAAAAAGAAAAAAAGUUGAAUUAACAAUUAAAAACUGUUGUUGAAUUAAGCAAAACUGUCUGAUACAUGUGAAUUAAUACUAAUCACAGAGUAAAGGUGCAGCCACAAAUGUUGCGGGCAAAAAAGAAUUCAUUGUCAAUAGUAUAGCAAUGUAUGAAACACAGAUCACACAGAAGUCACUUUCAAACCAAGCAGCUUUCUGUUGGUCUGUUGGUCAUUCACAUUUUGAAAACGGGCAAAUUUUGCAUGGGAAACUUUUUUGCCCUCACGCAAAACUCCAGAUUGAAAUAACUGGAUUUCGCUGAGUAACGGUAAAUGUGACGGCACCUUAAGACUUUAAUGCAAAUGGUUUAACCCUCGUGUACUGUUGCAGGUCAAUUUGACCCGUUUUGAUUUUUGAGUUGUCGGAAACAUCAGUUAACCUAUGUUUUUUUCUUGAAAUUUUGUGACUUUUUCUCAUUUAGGGUCAUGAACAUGCAUGCAAAGUUUCAACAUGCUGAUGUGUUUUGACAUAUACACACUAAAUGGUAUAUAAUUGGUUCAUUUGGUAAUGUUCGUGGGUCAAUUUGACCCUCAUAAUUUAAUGUUCUAAAGCAACUGUACAGAUAAAAAAUAAUAACAUGUCUUGGUUAUAUUUUGUUAUUUUAGUAUUUUACUACCCUAUGAAGCUAAAAAAGGAGCUUUUCCUCACUUAUUUCAAUAUAAAAAAAUAUUUUGUCAGCCACAUGUGGUAAAAAUGAGCUAUCAUUUCUUUUUUCAAUCUAUCUGAAAUACUAUCUAACCUACAUUGUUUUUCUUGAAAUUUUGUGACUUUUUCUCAUUUAGGGUCAUGAACAUGCAUGCAAAGUUUCAACACGCUGAUAUGUUGUGAAAUGUGCAUACAGAAAUUUUAUAUGUUCUUACUGUUUUGACCCAUAUAGACAGCCAUUCAAUUUGACCCAUAUAGACAGCCAUUCAAAAGCAACUGUACAGACCCAAAAUACAAAACACUUCUGUAUGUCAGACCUCCUCCACUCUAGUACUGAAGUGCCAGUGUCUUACUGAGUUUAACAACUUUUCAUUUUCAAAGUUGUGUACAUAUAAAGUUGUUUUACCUGUU